CGUGGCCGGCAGGUCUUUUAGUCUUCUGUUCCUCCCCUUACUGUUGAUCCCCAGUCCCUCCCCUCCCUUCCCUCUUCCCUUCUCCAGCUCCAGUCUUUGCGGCUGCGAGGGUGGUGAAGGCUAUGGAGUAAGCCGGCUGCCGCGGCCAGGAGCGGAGGCUGGGCAGAAACUGCCGGGCGGCGUUUCGGGGGCGGAGAAAACGAGCCCCUGUACCGCCCCUUCCAGGAAGAGGGAAGAGGUAACUAUAAUUACCCAAUAUUGCAGCCAUGGAGUCCAUGCUUAAUAAAUUGAAGAGCACCGUUACAAAAGUAACUGCUGAUGUCACUAGUGCUGUAAUGGGAAAUCCUGUCACUAGAGAAUUCGAUGUUGGUCGACAUAUUGCCAGUGGUGGCAAUGGACUAGCUUGGAAGAUUUUUAAUGGCACAAAAAAGUCAACAAAACAGGAAGUGGCUGUUUUUGUCUUUGAUAAAAAGUUGAUCGACAAAUAUCAAAAAUUUGAAAAGGAUCAAAUAAUUGAUUCCCUGAAACGAGGAGUCCAACAGUUAACUCGGCUACGACACCCUCGACUUCUUACUGUACAACAUCCUUUAGAAGAAUCCAGGGAUUGCUUGGCAUUUUGUACAGAACCAGUCUUUGCCAGUUUAGCCAAUGUUCUUGGUAACUGGGAAAACCUACCUUCCCCUAUAUCUCCAGACAUGAAGGAUUACAAACUUUAUGAUGUAGAAACCAAAUAAGGUUUACUUCAGGUUUCUGAAGGAUUGUCAUUUUUGCAUAGCAGUGUAAAAAUGGUUCAUGGAAAUAUUACUCCUGAAAAUAUAAUUUUGAAUAAAAGUGGUGCAUGGAAAAUAAUGGGUUUUGAUUUUUGUGUAUCAUCAACUAAUCCUUCUGAGCAAGAGCCUAAGUUUCCUUGUAAAGAAUGGGACCCAAAUUUACCAUCAUUGUGUCUUCCAAACCCUGAAUAUUUGGCUCCUGAAUACAUACUUUCUGUGAGCUGCGAAACAGCCAGUGAUAUGUAUUCUUUAGGAACUGUUAUAUACGCUGUAUUUAAUAAAGGGAAACCUGUAUUUGAAGUCAACAAACAAGAUAUUUAUAAGAGUUUCAGUAGGCAAUUGGAUCAGUUGAGUCGUCUAGGAUCUAGUUCACUUACAAGUGUACCUGAAGAAGUUCGUGAACAUGUAAAACUGCUGCUAAAUGUAACUCCAACUGUAAGACCAGAUGCAGAUCAGAUGACAAAGAUUCCCUUCUUUGAUGAUGUUGGUGCAGUAACACUGCAAUAUUUUGAUACCUUAUUCCAAAGAGAUAAUCUUCAGAAAUCACAGUUUUUCAAAGGACUGCCAAAGGUUCUACCAAAACUGCCGAAGCGUGUCAUUGUGCAGAGAAUUUUGCCUUGUUUGACUUCAGAAUUUGUAAACCCUGACAUGGUACCUUUUGUUUUGCCCAAUGUUUUACUGAUUGCUGAGGAAUGCACCAAAGAAGAAUAUGUCAAAUUAAUUCUGCCUGAACUUGGCCCUGUAUUCAAACAGCAGGAGCCAAUCCAGGCUAGCAAUAUGAUUUUGUUAAUUUUUCUACAAAAAAUGGAUUUGCUACUAACCAAAACCCCUCCUGAUGAGAUAAAGAACAGUGUUCUGCCAAUGGUUUACAGAGCACUGGAAGCUCCUUCCAUUCAGAUUCAGGAGCUCUGUCUAAACAUCAUUCCAACUUUUGCAAACCUUAUAGACUACCCAUCCAUGAAAAAUGCUUUGAUUCCAAGAAUUAAAAAUGCCUGCCUACAAACAUCUUCCCUUGCUGUUCGUGUAAAUUCAUUAGUAUGCUUAGGAAAGAUCUUGGAAUACUUGGAUAAGUGGUUCGUUCUUGAUGAUAUUCUACCCUUCUUACAACAAAUUCCAUCCAAGGAACCCGCAGUCCUCAUGGGAAUUUUAGGUAUUUACAAAUGUACUUUUACUCAUAAGAAGUUGGGAAUCACCAAAGAGCAGCUGGCUGGAAAAGUAUUGCCUCAUCUGAUUCCCCUGAGUAUUGAGAACAAUCUUAAUCUCAAUCAGUUCAAUUCUUUCAUUUCCGUGAUAAAAGAGAUGCUGAAUAGAUUGGAGUCUGAACACAAGACUAAACUAGAGCAACUUCAUAUAAUGCAAGAACAGCAGAAAUCUCUGGACAUAGGAAAUCAAAUGAAUGCUUCUGAGGAGACAAAAGUUGCAAAUGUUGGGAAUCAGCAGGUUGACAAGGUUUUUAGCAACAUUGGAACAGACCUUCUGACUGGAGGUGAAUCAGAAAAUAAAGAGGAUGGGUUACAAAAUAAACAGAAAAGAGCAUCACUUACACUUGAAGAAAAACAAAAAUUAGCUAAAGAACAAGAACAGGCACAGAAGUUGAAAAGCCAGCAACCUCUCAAACCCCAAGUGCACACGCCUAUUGCUCCAGUCAAACAGACUAAGGACUUAACAGACACAUUGAUGGAUAAUAUAUCAUCUUUGACCAGCCUUUCUGUUAGUACCCCUAAACUUUCUGCUUCAAGUACCUUCACUUCUGUUCCAUCCACUGGCCUUGGCAUGAUGUUUUCAACACCAAUUGAUAACUCAAAGAGAAAUUUGACAAAUGGCCUAAAUGGUAACAUGAGCUAUCAGACUUCAGGAUUCAGCAUGCCAGUUAAUACAAACCAGAACUUCUUCACUAGUCCAAGCACAUCUGGAGUGAGCAAGAUGACUCUGGGACAACCUCCCACUUUGCCAAACUUUAAUACUUUGAGUGUUCCUCCUGCUGGUGCGAAACAGACCCAACAAAGACCCACAGAUAUGUCUGCUCUUAAUAAUCUCUUUGGCCCUCAGAAACCCAAAGUUAGCAUGAACGAAUUAUCACAACAGAAACCAAAUCAGUGGCUUAAUCAGUUUGUACCUCCUCAAGGUUCUCCAGGUAUGGGUAGUUCAGUAAUGGGAACACAGAUGAACUUAAUAGGACAAUCUGCCUUUGGUAUGCAGGGUAAUCCUUUUUUUAACCCACAGAACUUUGUACAGCCAUCAACUACUAUGACCAAUAACAGUUCAGCUAGCAAUGAUUUAAAAGAUCUUUUUGGGUGAGAUGUCUUGUUCCUCUUUUUGAAGGAUUUACUUCAAUUUGAAUCAUGGCUGAGCUGAUUGACAUCUUUGUAUAGUUGGCUUAGAGGAACUACUUCUGUAAGAAAGUGAAUGGUUCGGUGACAGAAAAUACAUACCUGUUUCCAUGCCAGCAUAGUAGUUGUAUGGAUUCCUAAGCAGUUGAGUUUUUUAAAGCUUUGAGGAUUUUUUUCCUAUUACUAAUUCCUCUUCAGGUUUUUAAAAACCCAACCUUUACCAGUCUCAAAGAGAAAAAAGACAUCUGAGUUAUCUUGAAUAGCAGAAUUUUUUUAAUCAAAUGUUUAUUUUGGCUUGUAAAUCUUGUUAUUUAAAAAGUUGAGUUUAUGGUAUUUGCAGGCUCAUCUAUAUGAUCUACCUUCACAAGUCAUUAAAUGUCUUCAUGCUAAUAUGCGAAAAAUCUUGAUGCUGUCUUGAGUUGUUUGCAUUCAGUAUGACUGAGUGAGAAAAUAAGCAUAAAAAAGAAAGAUAGUCAUUUGCUUUUUCCAAUCUUAUUUACUUCUUAGAUUAACUAAUGUUUAGUACAAAAGACUGAGCAAAUACUGCAAAAUUUAACCUACCUUGAUUUCAUUGAUUUAAACUAAAAGCAUUAACAUCUUCAGUGCAAACCAAUCAUUGUAAUUAUAUUUUAGCAUGAUCUGCCUCAAAUAGUAAUGUAUUUUUCUGCAUUUAUUUGGACAUAUCUAGAAUCAUUUUUCAUACUGUAUCACAGAAGAGGUACAUACUGAUUUGUACAAAUAUUUGACAAAGUACUCUCAUGUGAUUUCCCUGAAUACUGCCUUCAUAUUUCAUUUUGAGUUCCAGCCUCUGAAGUUGCAGCAUAUAUGAAUUGCAUUUUCAAAAGGAGAUUUGUAAGAACUGAAUUAUAUUUAAUGAGUAAACUUUUGAGAUUUCUGCUGUAAUGUUUUAAAUGUAAUAAACUUUACUUUAAAAAUGACUAGUUGUAUCUCCUGGCUACCAACAGUUUAGUUUUCAGCUUGCCAUGAUAGUCUGACCUCAUUAAUUAUUGUUACUGAAGUUUAACUCUUCUAGGAUUUCAGGAACCUUUUGUUUGAAUAUUUUAGUGUCCAUAAUUAGGCAUUUUUAGGCAGGAAAGAAUAAAUUACAAUAGGAAACAUGGUUUCUUUUUCAAAACCUUUCUCUGAAAUUUUUAUUCAACUUGCUGAUUAUUCAACCACAGAGCCUUACGCUAUAAAUGUCAGUUGUAGUUUAAAAAUUAUAUUCUGUUGUUAUGUGGUAGCUUUAAAACUAUCUUCAAAGAACUACAUGUGUAUUAAAGUUGCUGCCAUAGAGUUUGUGGGUUUUAAUUAUCUGGAACCAGCAAUUCACUUAAAAUAUAUGAAGUUUAGUGUACUGGUACUAGUUUAUUCAUUGAAUAUGAAUAUUCAUUGGAAAUACAUACACAUACAUGCAUACUCUGUAUAUUUAAUACUUAGUAUUUGAUUAUAAAAUAUAAUUUGAUGAUAUUACUGCUUAUAGCAUUCAGUUAAAAAGGUACUUUAAGAAAAUGAAAGCUUUCAUGUCUAGUUGCUGCGUAAGCUAUACCUUACUAUAUGGUUUUAGAAAAAGAAUUUAUAGGAUUACUAAAAAACUUAACCUAAGAAAUGAGAAAGAUUGGAGAGAUCAAAGUGUUUUUUGUCAAACACAUUCACAACUUGACUAGAUUAGCUGCCUUAUUUCUAACACAAUAUUUCUUUUGGGAAAAGUUUACACAUGGGAUAAAAUGUUGAAGAAUUUUUCUCUGUAACAAUCCAGUAGUUACUGUUGUAGGGGGAAUUGUUAUUUAUUUUGUAAAAUAACUUGAUGUGAGUGUUGGAUUUUUGAUUAGAAGGAAGGCUUAAUAUAACAACUUAUGUAACUUGAAUUUCUAAGUAUGAAAAUAGAUUAUUUGAAGAAAUAUAUGUGAUUCUUAGGUGAUUUUCACAUCUUCAAGUUUGCUCAUUCAUUGAAGAAGUAAUGGUGCUAUGUUUUUACAAAAUUUGUUCCUGAAAUUUUUUUCUUACUUUCUCUAUGGGAAUUUAUUUGAAUCACUUACAUCAGUUGAACUAUUAUCAUCGCCUUUUUCUGAUGAGAAAUUGCCUCUGAAAAAAUCGUACUAUUUAUAGGCUUUAAGUGUUCCUAUGUGAACAAAAU